CUAGUUCUGAAAGCACAACUUUUUCCUGACGCCUGAGUCUGACUGGGGAGGUUUCUGCUCCCCUGCUCCCUCCCACCAUCCAGAAACUCUAAUUUCCUAAUGCAUUUACUGGUAGAAGGGUGGGCUGACUCACAGGCUGCUCUCAAGUGACGUAUCUCCCAAGAAAAACAACUGUUCUUGUUAGGCGUUCAGCACGCCCCACCUACUGCUCCUUAUUUUGAGAGACGCAUAGAUUUCCGGACACACAGAGAGACCUGACGUACAAAAGAAGAGGGUUUUUGAAAAGCUCGUCCAAACAGUCCAAAUAAGGGUAAGUCGUUUCAUCUUUUAAAAUGAAUUUACAGGGCUUACAGCUGCUCAGUCACAUCCUGGCUACUCUUAAUUUCUACCUCUUAGAUACUUACAGUUCAGUUGUCAGCAGCGUAAGAGGGCAAUAUUCUAGACGCUGUGGUUUUCUUUCUUCCUUCCCCUCCCAAAUGCCAUCUUCAACAUUCUGCUGUCAUUCUAUAGUCCUGAAUGUUCAUAUUUAUUAAAUCUGCUUCAUUAAAUUAAAUUGAGUCCUUGCAGCUGCUAUGUUGCAUAAAUCGUAGACACGUCUGCCAAUUUCCUUUUAUUUUUAAGCUACUCUGAAUGGAGACAUUAUUUGCAAGGGUGUCCGUUCAUGUUAGGAUCAGAGUGCCGGGCUGCCUAAUGAUCUCAUAGCAUCUAAACGAGCAAUGGAGGCAAAAGGAUUUCCCUUGGUUUGCAGUUUGAGGCGGUCGUAUUUCAUUGCAUAACGCAACAGAUAAACCGUCUGGGGGUUUAUUCUGUGAGUGCUCUGCAUUUACAAAGCUUUUAAGGCAGCUGUUGACAGGAUGUUUAAAUCCUUUGCUGUCUUCACCAGCCAUUAUAAACAUAUCCCAAAAUAAUAGCAUAUAUGGGGUGCAAGAAAUUUCUGAAACAAUGUCGGAUUGUAGAGACUUCUCAGCAAAGAGGAACUCCUUUUAUAUCAAGGAAAAAAUGGAAGAUAAGAUAGAGCAUGACAUAUAAACAUGACCACAAGGUUCCUUCAGUUUGGGUUUUUAAUGAAACCUGCCUUUGUAGCUGCUUCUAAACUCAGAGGAAAGAGUAGAAUUAUGCACAUUUUAUUUUCCCACCAUUUUGAGACAUACAAUACACGCCUGCAUGCACACACAUUCCAAAUAGUUUCAGGAAAAUUUGAUUAGAUUAAUCCUGGUUUUGUAAAAAUGGGAGGAAAUUGACCCCACCCCUCUGCACUGUUAUUACACGCCAAAUCUUACUGCUUUACCACCAAUUGUGUGCUACGCAAUUAGGGCACCAGUGUGGGGUUGUAUUCAAUGGCAUGCUUGUAUUGCUUCUAGACACAGUUUAUAUUUGAUGCAUUUACCUUACAAUAUAUUCACCAUACCUUCACCAUCCCCACCGCCCAACAAUCUGUCUCCAGAUUAUGCAAAAUGAGCUUCUAUAAUUCCCUGCUUGAUUGUCAUCUUAGCUCUUAGGAACUACAGUGGUACCUCUGGUUAUGAACUUAAUUUGUUCUGGAGGUCCGUUCUUAUCUUGAAACUGUUCUUAACAUGAGGUGCAACCUCUGGCGCACGAUUUCCACUCACAUCCUGGGGCAAAGUUCGCAACCGGAACCAGAAGAGUUCUAAUAAUAAUAAUAAUAAUAAUAAUAAUAAUAAUAAUAAUAAUUUAUUUCUACCCCACCCAUCUAGCUGGGUUUCCCCAGCCACUCUGGACAGCUUCCAACAAAAUAUUAAAAUACAAUAGUCUAUUAAACAUUAAAAACUUCCCUAAACAGGGCUGCCUUCAGAUGUCUUCUAAAAAUCUGGUAGUUAUUUUUCUCUUUGACAUCUGUUGGGAGGGCGUUCCACAGGGCGGGCGCCACUACCGAGAAGGCCCUCUGCCUGGUUCCCUGUAGCUUUGCUUCUCGCAAUGAGGGAACCGCCAGCAGGCCCUCGGUGCUGGACCUCAGUGUCCAGGCAGAAUGAUGGAGGUGGAGACGCUCCUUCAGGUAUAGAGGACCGAGGCCGUUUAGGGCUUUAAAGGUCAGCACCAACACUUUGAAUUGUGCUCGGAAACGUACUGGGAGCCAAUGUAGGUCUUUCAAGACUGGUGUUAUGUGGUUUUGGCAGCUGCUCCCAGUCACCAGUCUAGCUGCCGCAUAUCCAGAGGUAUCACUGUAUAUAUCUUCAUCUAAGGGUUCAGCCAGUAGCCACAGCUACAAAGCAUUAACUGGCCAGAACAUUAGCCAAUGGGUAACAAGAAAGAAGGCUGUGUGCAGACUCUUUGCAUCUAUAAGUGAUCUAUGGAUCAAUACAGCGCCAACAAACUUGUUGAUCCUCCCAGAACAAUUCUUUACAGGAUAACGCUUGCUCACUGGCGGAGGAAGAGGGGGGCGGGGGGAGCGCACAGCCCCCGGCACCAUGAUCCCGGUGGGGUGCCAUCGUAGCUGCCCCCCCCACGCUGGGCACCAUGCCCCUGUGGGUCGCGAGCCACACCCCAGGACACAUGCCAUGCCCCUGUGGGCAGCAUGCCACGCCCCCGGGACAUGCGCCAGCCACACCUGCGCCUGCUCUCAUCCCCCAGUACCAGAGCAUGAAGCUCCGCCACUGCGCUUGCUCUCCUGGUUUCUGUCUCAAUGCGUUUCUUCUCUGCCUGUGGAGUUAUUGAUACAAUAACAAGUGUGGCCGGCUGCAACAAAAUGGUGCGGUGCAUUGCCAGCUCCUAAGAGGAGUGUUCCUGGAAGAUCUCCAGCCAGCCUCAGACAGAAGGCAGCAUUUGGGUUGGUGUUGCUGCUGAUGGUGGGAAGAGUUCCAAGAGGAGGAAUAGAUGCCCUCUUUUCCUCUACCAUCCUCAUGAAACCUUCCCUUUCUCUGCUAUGAAGCGUGAAUGGGAUCAGUUUUGGAGUCGAUUACCAGCCCUGAAACUUACUACUUUAUUGGGUGCAAGUGGCAUGUGGGAAGUUUCAAAGACUCACCAGAUUAUGCAGAAGGGUGGUGGGAGUUUUUAAUUUCCUGGUGGGCAACCCUUUAAUUAUGCCUCCCCCCUAGUAUGGCACUGGUGGUCACCAUGGCACCCGCAAUUAUCACCAGUGCCCUCUGCCCCUCCCCAUUUUUUAAAUCAGUUUUUUUGGGGAGGGGAUGUUCUUGGUGGUUUGUUUGCUGCCUGCCUGCCUGCUUUUUUGUGGGGUGGGGUGCGUAGGUGUUCUGCUUGCUUUGGAGCAGGGGUCAGCAACCUUUUUCAGCUGUGGGCUGGUCCACCAUCCCUCAGACCAUGUGAUGGGCUGGACUAUAUUUUUUGGGGGAAAUGAACGAAUUCCUAUGCCCCACAAAUAACCCGGAGAUGCAUUUUUAAUAAAAGGGCACAUUCUACUCAUGUAAAAACACGCUGAUUCCCGGACCGUCCGCGGGCCAGAUUGAGAAGGCGAUUGGGCCGCAUCCGGCCCCCGGGCCUUAGGUUGCCUGCCCCUGCUUUGGAGGAAGAGUUCUGAGCAUCACAUUUUUCUUCUGUGAAACUGGUAUUUUUUGGUUUUAUGACAGUUUCUUGGCUUUCCAAAAGGUAGGGAACCUCUGCAAAUUUCUACCACCUGAACACUCACUGUACGUUGUUAAGGAGUACUGAUAACCAGUCCCUAUUUUCAUUUUCAUCUGCCAUCCUCAACAGGCUGUGCCUCUACUGCUGUCAACAUUCAAUAGGUCCUGGAAGGUCCUUGUCAGGCUGUUGUGGUGUCUGUGUUUUGCCUAAAAUCUCUUCUUCUUUGAUUUUUACAAACUAAUACACUUGUGGAUACCUGGGAAGAUCUAUUCUCUAUAGAAGCACUUUAUUUUUACUUUUUUUGGUGGCUCCAUUUUGCUUCCAAACCUAAGUGCAGAAUUAGAUGGAAAUGCUAUUAUUAAUCUAGCUCUACUGGUGCAAUUUCCAGAGCAACAUAAGCAACAAACAAAGUCAAAACGAACCCUGAGGUGCCUGCAAUCUAAUUUUAGACAGUGGAGGAGACAACAUGAUUUCGGGGAACUGGGAGGCUAAACCGAUUAGGUAAUAUUUUAUGGUGUGGCUGUCUGGGGAGCUGAUCUGCUGGAGUCCCCUUUUGCUUGGGUUUCUCUCUCAUCACCUCUCUCCUCAUGACAGAGGUGCAUAAAAUGGCAUAAGGAGCGGAGAAAGGGAACAGAUAAAUGUUUUUCUCCCUCUCUCACGCCACUAGGAUUUGUGGACAUUCAACGAAGCUGAAUUUUGGAAAAUCCAGAACAGACAAAAGACAAAUGAGAAACGGAGAGAACUAAAAUUAACAGAGCCAUCCGCCCCUAACAUGCCAUAAAAGGUAAAGGUAAAGGGACCCCUGACCAUUAGGUCCAGUCGUGACCGACUCUGGGGUUGCGGCGCUCAUCUCGCUUUAUUGGCCGAGGGAGCCGGCGUACAGCUUCCGGGUCAUGUGGCCAGCAUGACUAAGCCGCUUCUGGCGAACCAGAGCAGUGCAUGGAAACACUGUUUACCUUCCCGCCGGAGUGGUACCUAUUUAUCUACUUGCACUUUGACGUGCUUUCGAACUGCUAGGUUGGCAGGAGCAGGGAACGAGCAACGGGAGCUCACCUGAUCACGGGGAUUCGAACCGCUGACCUUCUGAUCGGCAAGUCCUAGGCUCUGUGGUUUAACAUACAGCGCCACACUUUCAAAUAGGAUCCGACAAAUUCAUGGAGUAUCAGGUUGUCAGUGGCUACUAACCCUCAUGGCUAUAUGUUGUCCCUCCACAGUCAGAGGCAGUAUGCUAGGAAUCACAAGUGGGUAGAGGGCUCUUGCACGCAGGUUGUGCUUUGCCCAUGGACUCAAGAAGGUUGGCAAUCCGUAAAUCUAGGGUUUCGUUUACCCUUUUAGGUAUCAAGUUUAACUUAAAAAAUAAAAUAAAAAUCCUCACACAUCACAAUAAAUGACUUGUUUAUACACAACAUUCAUCUUGAUGUGCUUGCACAAAACUUACAUGAUGGUUAGAUUAUGUCCAGUCCUUAAUGAACAUUCAUUCUGGUUUGUUUUACAUGGUGGUUAUAGCACAGGAUAAGAAUUUGGCCUGGUUUGCCUGCAGGGGAUUCACAUGUCUUCACGUUAAUCCUUAGUUCAUCCACCUAUUUUUCUCGCAUUUCCCUGUAACUUUCAUAAUUGCAAAAAGCUGGUUCAUCGCACUAGGGCAACAGGGCACUUUAAUCCACUUCACCUGUGCAAACCUAAAUUUUUAUUUUAGUUUUAUUUAUUAAAUUUCGAUGCUGCCCUUCAUCCAAGGAUCCACGGGUGGCUCACAAUAUAAAAACACAAAAAUACAUCACAUAGUAACAAAGAAAAACAAUACCCCCCAGUUUAAAAGGCCAUAGAUUGUUUAAUUUGCCAAAGGCCUGGGAGAAGAUGAAUGUUUUUGCCUGGUGCUUAAAGAUAUGUAACAACGGCCAUAUGUAACCUUGCAAGCCAUACUAAAGUUCCAUAUGAUCCCAUGAAUGCCACUUGGAAAACCCUGCCCCGGAUCACUCUGAUUGUGAGCGAUCAAAUCUACGGUUUUCAUCUGGAGAGCUGGGUGGAGUUUCUUCUCCUUGGCUAAAAAGCAAUUCAGUUAUCUGAGCAAAAGCCAGACUUCUGGCAUAUCUGUAUUAUACGUAUCAGCUAUUAGUGUUCAUGUUUAUAUUACAGUGACAAGCAGACCUCAUGGAUCUUGCUGCUAAGUCAGCACGGAGGUGCUUCUUGCAGGUUUAUUCUAUGGUUCCUCCAAAACCUCAGAAGAGUAAACAAAAGUCAGGUUUCUACAGAGUGUGGGCAGGGCUGAGUAUACAUCUUGCAGCUGGUCUAGAAACUCCUGUCACAGGUUCUUCUUUUGUAUGUUUUGAGACUUUAAACAAGUUUGGCUUGCACAGAUGGUUUGGAUGGUUAUGAGCUGGUCGUUUGUUGGAAAGGCGUGUCCAUUCAAUGGGAUUCUGUGGAUUUGUGGUCAGUUGUGUGGCUGAGGGGUAAAAGUAGGACAUGUGAGGGUAGCUGGAUGAGGGUGGUUAGUUGAGCAUUUGGUUGUGGCUGUUCACAGUCAAUGCCCUAAUCUUGCUGGGGAAUGGCGAGUUUCCCCAUCUCUAAAAAAGAGACAUAUUAAUUCACAUUUUGGGGGUUUUUUUUGUAAACGGUUCCCUCCAUGCUUUCCAGUAAAAUGCUUUUCCACUGGUCAACACUCUUUGCAGGCACCAUGCUGGUGAAUAAAUAAGAUUUAUUUGCCACUGGUAUCAUCAAAGAAUAGAAUCUCAGAUGAGUUAUGAGUCAUAGCCAGUCAGAUUCAGGCCAAGUUUUCGAUCACUUGCACUCUAACCACCAGGCAUGCCAAAGACACCUUGGCCCUCUCCAUCUUCUAUUGGUCCUACACACAUUGCACCCAUCUGGCAUGCACCACAGGUCCAGUGGCCGGCUUCUCCCAAGUGCUCGGCUCCUUGUAUCAUGCAUGCGCCAUCAUAUGGGUGCAAUGCAUGCCAUGUGUGAUGUCACACGUGUGCAACGAGUGUCAGCUCCACCCCAUCUUGGUGGUAACCCAGUGCCUCUGCUAACCUUUGUCCCAACAGGCUCAUCUCUGUCAUCUUCCCUAGAAAAUGAAGGACGGUGGGAGAGGGCAGUAAGGAGAAAUUGUAUCAACAGCCCCGGUCAAUUCUAAAUUCCAGAACUCAAUCAAGGUCCAAACAAAAAGCCUAGCAUACCAGCUUGAAUUUCCAUGAGGGCGAGUUGGAAGCCAAUUCAACUCAACAGCCUCCCAUUAGACCUUUCCACACACUUUGUCUUGGGUUUGACUAGCUCAGGCUAGUUAGAAGGCUGGAGGCGACUUGCAAUUCCUUGGAACCAUCCACAGCCCACGGGAAGGUAAAGUUGUUUGCCUCUGCUCCAGUUUAGACACUUCUUUAGUGAUAAGUGCCAAAGGCCCUCCCUUCACCCCAUCCAGGCCCAGCACAUGUUUACCAAGAAUGGAUGACUCUCUUCAGCAAGCAGAGGCAUGACCAGAAAACAGAAUAUCUGCCCUGCUGGCAAUCCUGGAGGAAUUUUUAGUGGAAUACAGUGUCCCCAUUGUUAGGAGGGUGCAAAUGAAAAGAAAGGGGGGCGAGGAAGCGGGAUAAACAGCGGAUUGAGAGCAACAGUGCAUAGGAAGGAGGGAACAUUAUGCAAUCAAAACAAGCUCUUCCUGACAGCUCCUCUGAGUGGAAGUUGGAAUACCAAGAUGAUACAGGGACGCCCUGCUGUCUAGAAUAAAACCCCACAGCACUGUCUUAUCUUCCUUGCCCAUAGAAGGAGGGCCACUUUGUCUUCUACUUUGCCAUUGACAUUCCUGUUAUGGCUCCAUAUGGCAAGCGAUGAUUAACCCAGAACAUAAAUUACGCUCCAAAUCAGAGACGGGCUGUGGAUGAUUCCAAGGAAUUGAUUCCAAGGAAUUGCAAGUCGCCUCCAGCCUUCUAACUGUCUCAAUGGAGACAGAACUUCCUGGGCUCUUGCGGGAUACAGGCCCCUGGCAAAUGUGCUGAUUCUGAAUCAGCUUGUGGGCUCUGAACAAAGCAAUAAAGGAUCCCUCCAAAUCAUGCUAAAUAAUAAUGCAGUAGUACCUUGGUUCUCAAACUUAAUCUAUUCCGGAAGUCCAUUCCAAAACCAAAGUGUUCCAAAACCAAGACGCGCUUUCCCAUAGAAAGUAAUGCAAAAUGGAUUAAUCCGUUCUAGACUUUUAAAAACAACCCCUAAAACAGCAAUUUAACAUGAAUUUUACUAUUUAACGAGACCAUUGAUCCAUAAAAUGAAAGCAAUAAACAAUGUACAGCAGUCAAUCAAUCAAUCAGUAGUUCCACACAGUCCCAAAAACAAAACAAAAAGCCACAAAAACGCAAAAUAGCAAAAACAGACAGACCUCAGCGUAACACUCAAAAGGGAAGUGUGGCACUCAAAUUGGAAGCGUAACACUCAGAAUGGAGCAUGUUCGGCUUCCGAGAAAAAAAUCACAAACCGGAACACUUCCAGGUUUUCAGUGUUUGGGUUCCAAGCUGUUUGAGUACCAAGGUGUUUGAGAACCAAGGUACCACUGUAGAUGUGAAGCAAAGCUGUGAACCUGCUGUGGCCAACAGUGAUUGCGUGCAUCUCAUUGCAACUUGCAGUUGAGAAAAUCAGAGCAUCAGAAGAGCUUGGCUGCAGGAUCAGACCAAAGGCACAUGCAAACCAGCACCCUGUCCACACAGGGGCCAGAUGCCCAUGGCAAGCCCACAGCAGGGCCUGAUUGCAACAGCACUUUCCCCAUAGGCUGGGUGAGGUGAGGUGGUGCGAGUUCUCUAUAAAGCACGCCAGGACUUGGAAAAUCCCACUUUGCAUGCCGGAAAAGUGUAAGCUGAUUAUGGUGAAUCUGUGGGAAAGGGCAAACUGCAGCAGCUCAUUGGCACCGGCCCCAAAGCCUUUGGAACCAUUUAAAAGGUUGGAAGGAGAAGAGGAAGAGAGCGUUGUUUGCACGCUAAAACACACUGCCUCAAAGCAGGGGGCUUUGGUCUUUCUGAGCAUUAGAGUCUUGAACUGUAUUUUUUUUCCCUUGGGAGGAUUCUCCAGUGCUUAAUUUCUAAGGCGAGCACGCGUCUUUCCAAUACAAAUAUGGGUGGGCGUAUUGUGAUUGCUCAGGGGUAAGGGAAAUGCACUUUGCAUGGGACGCGGGUGGCGCUGUGGGUAAAACCUCAGCGCCUAGGACUUGCCGAUCGCAUGGUCGGCGGUUCGAAUCCCUGCGGCGGGGUGCGCUCCCGUCGUUUGGUCCCAGCGCCUGCCAACCUAGCAGUUCGAAAGCACCCCCGGGUGCAAGUAGAUAAAUAGGGACCGCUUACCAGCGGGAAGGUAAACGGCAUUUCCGUGUGCUGCUCUGGUGCCGGUUUGCCGGAGCAGCUUUGUCACGCUGGCCACGUGACCCGGAAGUGUCUUCGGACAGCGCUGGCUCCCGGCCUCUAGAGUGAGAUGAGCGCACAACCCUAGAGUCUGGCAAGACUGGCCCGUACAGGCAGGGGUACCUUUACCUUUAAGGUAUCUCUGUUAUACUUUAUUUACCAAGCCUUGAUUUUCCAAUGGGUUCAACGUAUUUUUUUUAAUUAUAUUUUGGUUCCCCUGUCUGUGGAUGCAUUUGCAAUUCUGUAAAAGGACCUCGUUUCACAGCGUGCUUCUGACAAUGAGAGAUGGAGGGUAGUGAGUUUGAGAUACUUGACCCAUUUGAUCACCAGAGCUGCCUUUUUGCCAACACAUUUAAUCAUUUGCACUAUAAUCCAUAGUGGUUCAUAUGUGUAUGCACUCAAAUGUUGCGAAACUUUGGGAUCUGUGUACUGGCUAUCACAGUUAUAAUGUGGUGUUUUUCUAAAAUAAAAUUCUGCUACAGCUUCAACAGGAAUUUAUAUAACUGGGAGAUAGAUUGAGCUGGAUGACUUUGGGGAAAGGAUUUACUAUGGUAUAUAUUUUGGUAUGUGCAGUAGUGUUGGAAAACACCAGAUUGGCAAGUUUUCACUGGGUGGUUUUCACUGGGCUAUUGAUGCUGGAAUGUGCAAGUUUUCAAGUGACUCAGAAUUAUUCAUCAAAGAAAGUGGCACAAUUUUUAAGAGCUCCUAACUGGUGUGAAAGUGAGAAGUUUGCUGCUUAUAUAUAGCUGAAGUAGAGCUACCUUCUGACUUCUGUCUGAUGUAACUGUGUCCUGUAAGUCAACUACUUAAACACCUGGGCUGUUUUAUAUUCCCCGCCCCCCCAAAAAACCUGCCUUGCAAGUUGUAUAGACUUUUGUCAGCUGGUGCACAUCAACUUAGGAACACAGAAAGUUGCCCAAUACCCCAUCAGAGUAUUGGUACCUCAAGCUCAGGAUUGUCUGCACUCAAACAGGGUCCUUUCCAGUCCUACCUGGAGAUGCCAGGGUUUGACCCAUGGUCCUUCUACAUACAAAGCGUGUGGUCUUCCAUUGGGUUACAGUCUCUCCUCUUGUUGGACAGUUGUCAGAUUCACAUUAUUGGCACACCCAAAGCCUGCUCAACAUAUAAUGUGAGAGAAUCAUUUUGGAAAUACCACCACCAUCUACUUGCAAUUAUAUAUUCUGCAUUUUGUGUUAUAUCCUCCCUGUCUCUUUUUUUUCCUUAAAAAAAAACUUGAUUCCUUUACUUUGUUUUACAGAAUAGCCAUUAUGGGGAAGUACUUGGUGACCUGCGCGAUAGCAAUUCUCUUUAUUCUUCUGCAGACGGAUGUCAUUGUCUCGGUUUCGGGAAAAAGCUCAUCCAGUAGAAGUAGUAGAAAGCCUAGCAAGCCUUCACAUCAUCGACCUAGCAAGCCUGUGGAACAUCAUCGACCUAGCAAGCCUGUGGAACAUCAUCGACCCAGCAAACCUGUGGAACAUCGACCUGUCAAACCUGUACAUCGACCUGUCAAACCUGUACACAAUCAACCUGUACACAAUCCUGCUCCCCCACAACACAACCCUGUUUAUCCCCCAGUAAAUCCUGGUAAGCCCCCAAGCAAUCCUGGCAACCCUCCUCCAUAUAACCCUGCCUAUCCACCACAAAACCCUGGUAACCCCCCACGCAAUCCCGGCAACCCUCCUCCACAAAACCCUGCCUAUCCACCACAAAACCCUGGUAACCCCCCACACAAUCCUGGCAACCCUCCUCCAUAUAACCCUGCCUAUCCACCACAAAACCCUGGUAACCCUGCUUACCCACCACAAAACCCUGCUUACCCCCCACGCAAUCCUGGCAACCUUCCUCCACAAAACCCUGCCUAUCCACCACAAAACCCUGCUAACCCUGUCUAUCCACCACAAAACCCUGCUUACCCUCCACAAAACCCUGCCUAUCCACCACAAAACCCUGGUAACCCUGCUUACCCACCACAAAACCCUGCUUACCCCCCACGCAAUCCUGGCAACCCUCCUCCACAAAAUCCUGGAUACCCACCACAAAACCCUGGCAACCCUGUCUAUCCACCACAAAACCCAGGUUACCCUCCCCACAAUCCUGGCAACCCACACAAUCCUGGUUAUCCGCCACAAAACCCUGGAUACCCUCCCCACAAUCCUGGCAACCCACACAACCCUGGCUAUCCCCAACAAAAUCCUGGCUUUCCACAAAACCCUGGUUACCCUAGGUAUGGAGAAGGAGGCAGCUGGGGCAAAUAUGACAGUAAGCCAUGGAAGCCUAAGCCACCCAAGCCCAAUAUGAAACAUAUGGCAGGAUCAGCUCUGGCGGGAGCUGCAGCAGGAGCUGUGGGUGGCUACCUCUUAGGCCGUGCCAUGUCCAAUGUCAAUUUUCACUUUAACAACCGUGAUGACGAGCGGUGGUGGCAUGAAAACCGCAACCGUUACUCCGACCAGGUUUACUACCCACAGUACAACCAGCCUGUUCCGCAGGAUAUCUUUGUGAGAGAUUGCACGAAUAUCACUGUGAGCGAGUAUACAGAGCCCAGCGGAAACCAAACGGCAGAUGAGAUGGAAACCAGGGUUGUGACGCACGUGGUGCGCGAAAUGUGCAUAGAGCAGUAUCGUACCUACUCCAGCCACGCAGGAGGCGACUUCAGACGUCCCGGGAGUAGGCCAGAGGGGCCUAUGCCGGCCAAGCCGGAAGUGAAGCCUGUGGCGGAAGAAGCGAUAACAGGCGCUGUGGCGAAAGACCGAUUGGGCAGCUCCAUGUCUAACAUGCACCUGCAUUUCAAUGACAGCGAUGAGGAGCAAUGGUGGAGCGAAAACCGCAAUCGUUUUACCAGUUCCGUUUUCUACCCAAACUACAGCCACCCUGUUACGAAGGAUGUCUUUGCGAGCGAUUGUGAGAAUGCCACCACAAACUAUUACAUAAAGCCCACCGGAAACCAAACGGCAGAUGAGGUGGAAGCCAGGGUGGUGACGCAAGUGGCGCGGGAGAUGUGCAGGGAGCUGUACAGUGAUUUCAUCCAUCACAUGGAAAGAAGCAGAUAUGAUCAGAAGCCAGAAGCGCCGAUGCCAACCAAACUCUGGCUGAAGCAUGUUCCAGAAGCAGCUAACAUCGCCCCUGGCGCAGGAGCCACCGGAAGCCAUCACAACAGUGCCACGUCUCGCAUGCAUGACAACACUUUUGCAAAGUCUUCUGUGCUUUUGAUUAUGGUCACUUCUUUCCUGAUACCUUGAGGUUGGGCAGCCUCCUUAAGCUGCCAUUUUGUCACUGAGACAGGAAAUGUCCAGAAGGAAAGAGAUGUGUUUAUAUAAAGGAAAUGUUUUGUGAAGAGUGCAUUGUCGCUUCUGCAUCUGUUAGGUGGGCUGUCUUUAAUAGCUGUUACGUGUGCUAAUUCUUACUCCUUCAGAGCCACCUUUGGCACUGCCACUGUUCCAAAAUAGUUCCCAGGGAAAGAAGCCAAGGGUAACCUUGCAAUGAAGGGAACCUCCCCACCCCAGCUCACAUGAAUCAAGCCGUGACCUUUUUCAUAGCUAGUCGAGCAUAUUCAGUGUGUAAACAUGAACAAGUUAAUGGAAACACGUAGAAAAACACACCUUUUGCCAGACUUCUCCUGUUACGUAGUCUCUUCAGUGAAACCUGCAUAGCUUUAACAUAUCCUGUGGCAGACUCCUCCCAGUACACUGGCCCCUCAUGGGAAGCUGCUUAGCUUGAACAGAAAGCUUUAUGGUGCAGUAAGCCGUUAUACAAAAGUCUGGCUUCAAGAGAAAGAAAGGAUUUCCAGUUCUUAUGUAGCUUCACCAAGAGUGACUUUCAAUGCUAUGAAAUGGGAUGGGGUUGGAGACCAAACGGCUUAUGAAUAGGGAUGGCAGAAUCUGUCAAUGUCAGCUUCUAAUUUUUCCAGUUCUACGCUCAGUUCUUCACAUUCCACCUCCAUUUGUAAUAAUAAUAAUAAUAAUAAUAAUAAUAAUAAUAUCAUUAUUUAUUAAUAAUAUCAUUAUUUAUCAUUAUGCCGGGCGUGCUCUGGUCCAUGGGGUCACAAAGUCAGACAUAACUAAAUGACUAAACAACAACAAAAUAUCAUUAUUUAUACCCCACCAACCUCAUGAAAAUUCAUUAGCCUUUUAGUGCAAUUUUAUCUGCAUAUACAUAUUUUGUAUGCAAUUUUGUCUCAUAUACACAUUUUUUUGCAAAGCAAUUUCCCCUAACAUAAUACAUUUUUGCAUGCUAUUUUCAAUAAUAUAUGCAUUUAUAUGCACACUUUACCCUAGUAUAUGUGGUUAUUUAGUGUGAAUUUUAAAGGCUGAAUGUAUUCUGGUUUGUGCAUUGUUUGAGAAAGUGAGAAUUAGGUAGGUUUGCCUUUAAAUGUGAACUGAAUCAAAUUUCUUCUCCAUCCCUUUGUGUGCCAUGUGCGCCACACUGAAGUCCAAAGUGAAAUUUUUCACAUUCACCUCCGUAAACAAGGUGCCAGAUUGGCUCCACAUUGGGAGUACCUCACUGGAGGUGUGAAAAUUCCACAUGAGACACUCCUUUGGGUUGUAUCCAAUGUAGACUAAGUUAAAGUCACCUAGUGGUACUUGUUCCACAGGUGAAAUGUUCUGCAUCCAUGCGCCAUGGCUGCAGAAGAGAGGCUCUUAGUUAAUUUGUUGCACAACAGAUUGCACACUGAGGUUCCGCUAGCACAACCUUUGGGUUGGGUUCCUCUCUAGUGCAACAUAAACCACUUCAAGGUAUUAUUAUUAUUAUUAUUAUUAUUAUUAUUAUUAUUAUUUACAACCAAGAGGUAUAGAAAUUUUAUGACAUAAAUAAGUAAAUAAACAUUAAAACUCACCCACCCACUUGAGUUAGCAGACAGGGAACACUGGACACAGUCCUAAAUGCAGUGAACACUUUUAACAUUUUAAAAUGUCUUGAGAUUCUGGUGGGGUGGGUGGGGAGCAGAACACAGAACAUACAAGAGGACAUUCCCUCCCACAUAUCACAAUGUGAAGUCUGUGGGAUGCUCCUAGCUCAACAAAAUACUAGGCGUAGGUUCAUGUGAGGGUGUUUCCAUGUGGGUGCUUUUUGUGGGUCAGGUGCAUACACGUUUUGUCGUGUCCGAAAGUUGCCAGCAUCCCAAAGCCAGUCCAGUUCAUCAGGUUAUUCUGUUUCUGUGCAAAAUAUUCUCUCUUUCUCUCUCUCCCUCUCACCUGUUGCCAGUGACCUGUUUGCAGGGACGUCUCUGUCUUGAAGUACCUUUAGCCGGACAGGAAGAAGGCAAAAUGUGAUUAGAAUGUCAAGGGUGGGGAGGGACCAGGGAGAUGUCUAUCCCUCAGAAAAUAUGUUGCACUCUCAUUUUAGUGCCUUUGCAAAUGUGCCUGCCUAAUGAGGAAUGGGAUGCGCCGCUGUGGGUUCUUUAUACUUGCCACGGAGCUCCUGUCGAGGGAGGAGAGAGUCCUUCUACGUGGCAGCUUGUUGUGGAAACAUGCGUGCAAGUUUUGCGCAGCAUCCACGUGACUUCACCCUCAUCAAAAUGCUGCCCUACAUUAUCUUCCAAUUUAAUCCCAAAUUAAUGUUUCUAUGGAAAGUCUGUUAAGUAAUCCUUUCCCUCCAAACAGAUUAAAUGGGGGGGGGGAAUGAUGCAUUUUGAGGCCGUUAUGCGAAUUUCAUAAAAAAAUAGUGCAUGCAUUAGCAGUACCACCUCCACAAUAAAUUUCUGUGUGAAAGUGCCUUGGAUACGCUGGAACAGCCUGCACGAAAGCCUUAAAAUCUGUAGGUGGACAUGCCUGAGUUUUUCAUUGUCUUUUGCCUACACAGAAAUAAACCAGUUGCCCAGAACCCACAGUUGUUACCUUUGCAUGUUCAUGCUGCUCUGGAUUUUACAAUCAUACAACACUUUCUGUCUUUUAGAAGCAAAGCCGGUCAUCAUGUGUUGGGAAAGUCAAUCCCUGUGAAAAUCUUUCUUACAUCAUAUCACUUCAGCACUUAGUUGUGGUGCCUGAUCUAAAUUCCUCCAGAGAGGGGAUUUCCAGGCCUAUCUAGCCCCAGCAAAACUGCCUGAGGAGGUCUUUCCUGGGUUUAAAAAUGCCAGCUACUUUACUCUUUAAUUUUAAGAUACUAGUAGAGUUGGUUUUUUUAAAGCCACUUGUGAUAAGGACCGCUUUCUUUAUUGUAAAGUGAAGCUAGAAGGAACUUUGCCCAGUGGGAUUGUGGGCGAUUCCAGACUGGCUGCUUAUUGAGCACUCAUGUUGAUAAUGUUCGCACCAAACUUGCAUGGAUCUGAUACAUCAUCAGUUUAUUGAGCAUUCAUCCUGAUAAUCUUGGGUAGAGGUUUCAUUGCAUUGCCAGUUAGUAGUUAUUAUCCUGCACUUUCUAGCACAAUUUUCCAUCUCUUUUCAUAUUGGACUUUUUGCAGUUAGAAAAAAAAUAACAGGAUAAUUGCACAAAAAGUGCGGAAUGGCUGUCAGAUUUUGUGCUAAUAAACAGCCCAUCUGGAAGCACUGUGUCUGUUUUCUGUGGCUUCAGUGUCAUAAGCCACAUAAACAGCACCACAGAAGGAACAACAGCUGGAGGUGGUCAUGUAGCAGCAACAUACAAUUCUUAAUAUUCCCAGCAGUGCUUCUUUUUAGUAUGUUUUUGCCAAUCCAUUCUGCAAGCCUGUGGCAUUGACAUGUUCUAAAAGACUGAUGACCAAACCAUGAUUGGCUCUCCCCUUUUCUAAUACAGUGGUGCCUCGCAAGAUGAAAAUAAUCCGUUCCGCGAGUCUCUUCGUCUAGCGGUUUUUUCGUCUUGCGAAGCAACCCUAUUAGCGGAUUAGCGCUAUUAGCGGUUUAGCGGCUAUUAAAGGCUUAGCGGCUAAAAGGCUAUUAGCGGCUUAGAAAAAGGGGGGGGAGCGAAAAAAAUUGCAAGACUCGCAAGACGUUUUCGUCUUGCGAAGCAAGCCCAUAGGGAAAUUCAUCUUGCGAAGCGCAUCGAAAAACGGAAAACCCUUUCGUCUAGCGGGUUUUUCGUCUUGCGAGGCAUUCGUCUUGCGGGGCACCACUGUAAACAGGUUAAAACCAGCUGCCGGUGUGCGCAGUGAGCAGAUGGAUUAGUUCUGGCUGCAGCCCCAAUUUUGUACCAGAUUUUGUAUUUCUAUUGCCCCUGCCUUCCCCUUGCACUUCGGUGCUGCUUCGAGAAGCACAUUCUAACGAUAGAACCUUCCUCCUCAAAAUUUUAAUAUGCAGGGCAAUGCGAUUACUGGAAGCGGGUUUGUAUGAUAUGUGUGAAUGCAGGGCUUGUGUGUGCAGGAAAUUGGGAGCCUGGUGACCUUGUUGGGUGAGCAGAGAGAGAUUUUGUAGGAGACGACAAUAAAGACCAAUUGGGGGGAAGGAGAAUUCAAACCAUACACCAAUAACUUAUUGGCCAGUCUAGGGUUGCCAUAUUUCAAACAGUGAAAGUUGUUGAGCUUUUUGAGCAAAAUCGCAAAAAAACCCAACAACCACUCCAAAGCUUUUUUUGAGCUAUUUUUAUGAAGAAAGGGCAAAAACGGCCCUGCUGCCAUGGGCUGCCAUACGCCCGGAUUUUCCCAGGCAUUUCUCCGGUUUCUGCCCGGACACUGCUGCCAACUGCAGUAUUCCAGGCUUAUGGCAACCCUACUGGAUGGGUGGGGAGGCAGGUCCUCCCGUACUCAUUCCUACCCUUCAAGACGGCCUGGCAUGCUUUGGGAGGUCACUUCUGAUUCACGGGAAUGGGAAGGAUUCCCGACCCCUGGACCCCAGCGGAUAUUUGGCUCAUGGAUGUGGUGUCAGCCUAUUUGGCCUUCCUCACUUCGCCUCCUGUCAUCUCUUUAAGCUUAACGAAUGCACUGUGAGUUUGAUGCAGCUGCUGCUUCUUGCUCUCUGCCAAGCUGUUCUGUGCCUUGACACACCAUGGGCCUAGAGACAAGGAGAGACGGGAAGAGAAGGGAAGCCGGGUUCGAAUAUGGAAACCGAAGCACUAGAAUCCGCAUGCUGAUCCCAAGUGUGGGCCAUUUUCUGAGCAGUUCUAAUGUGUAGGAUGGAUCCAGCUCUUGGGAAACCCACUUAGAGUUUGCAUUUCUCCAUUUCUGAAGUGAAGGUCCUAUGCAGCUAUCCUCUUAGAUCAGUGCAAAUUCUUAAAAAAAACCAAACCUACAAGUUGUUGCUAAUGGCAUCUGGGGAACAGGGGGGAAAUAUGUUGGAUGAAUAACCAGUUACAGUGGUACCUCUGGUUACGUACUUAAUUUGCUCCGUUCUUAACCUGAAACUGUUCUUAACCUGAGGUACCACUUUAGCUAAUGAGGCCUCCCGCUGCUGCCACACGAUUUCUGUUCUCAUCCUGAAGCAAAGUUCUUAACCCAAGGUACUAUUUCUGGGUUAGUGGAGUCUGUAACCUGAAGCGUCUGUAACCCAAGAUACCACUGUAUUGCUCCUGACUUGCUAACCUGUACACCUUGAACCAUGAUGCUCCUGCGAAAGCCUCAAAUAAAGCUGUGGCCUGUUUAACACAAAAA